AUGGAUCAAGAGGCUCCACUGCAACCGCAAAGCAGACCGCUACUGACUCAGAAGCCAAAACGGACGGUAACUCUGGGUGCCUGUGUCGCAUGUAGGAAACGAAAAUCCAAGUGCGAUGGCAGCCGUCCGGUGUGUACCUGCUGUGCACAGAAGGACACCGAAUGUGUAUAUGAGUUGGGCCCAAACGAGAAGCCGUCACAGGCUAUGAAACGGAAGAACGAAGAGAUGCAGGGUGAACUGCUGAAUCUGCGCCAACUCUACGACUUUCUCCGUUUGCGUCCCGAGCAUGAAGCUCAGGAAAUCCUCAGGCGCAUUCGAGCGAACCCUCCAGACGCUUCACCAUCUCAGCGUAUCCAAGAGCUAGCAGACUUUGUUCGCCAUGGAGACCUUCACAUUCAACGGCCCUCUUACAGACUGCAUUCUACAUACUACGAACCCGGGUCUGUAACUUUGCCACCUCUACGUCUGGCACUCGACUCGCCCGGUGCUCUAGGGUCCGAUACUCUCUCCUUUCCUGGCAUGUUCUCCAUGGGGUCAGAUGGACCAUCAACUCAACGACGAAGACUCACUUCGGACGUGAGUGUGCCAGCUCGCUCAGAUAGCCAGAGCUCCUUUCAUCCUACUUCGAUAGAGGCUAUCAUAAAUCCGUCUUCCUCUGCUGAAGCUGAAAGUCCGAAAGUUGAUCGGCGAUUGAGGUCAGUACAAAAUUGGACUAAAGCGACGAAUGAUGUUACUCUCUUGGUUGAACUCUUGACGCGGUGGACAACAUGCGAGCACGACUAUUUUCACUAUCUUGAACGAGAUUCUUUCCUUGACGAUAUGGCAAGCGGACGAACCGAUUUCUGUUCCGAACUGCUUGUCAAUGCGAUGCUGGCUUCUGCUUGUCUCCACUCCCCCGCUAUAAGAGACCGAGCCAAACCGUUUUCAAAAAAGUCUUUUACGAUUGUGUUCUAUGAGGAGGCCAUGCGACUAUGGAAGCUCGAAGAAGGCAGGGUCAGUUUGACCAAUUUGCAUUCUGCCAUUGCUCUCUAUAUAGUGUUUGCCAAGUAUUGCAGAGACAAGGACGGCUACGUAUAUCUUUUGGAAGCCUGUCGUAUAGGUCACGAACUUGGUCUUUUCCAACACCAACCGUCGCAAGCCAGCCAGAAGCCACCGCACGUUACGCAAGCCAAAUGGGAUAAAGUCCGAGACGUUACUGCAUGGUCGCUUUUCAACUUUCAACUAUCAAUGUCUUUCGUGUACUCAUUUCCAGUGCCUAUCAGAACUGUACCGUCCGUCACAAUUCCAUAUCGGGACAAACCUGAGAGUGAAGCGUUUUUUCGUUCAGAGUGUGCUAGACACGUUAUCAUUCUCGACUCACUCGAAGCCUUCUCGAGUCGCCAUGAGUCCCACAGACAGAGACAAAUGAAGCCCGAACAGAUAGAAAGGAUCUACCAACGUUUGAAGGUGUGGUUCGAUUCUCGACCGUCAAGUUUGAACCCAGACAAGGUGCCAAGCCGGGAAAACCUUACGAGCGCUAUGCACUACCAUAUACAUGUUUUCCAUUUGUUCCAACCGUUCCUCGAGGGUGAAGCCUACCGUGACCGCUCACGCUCUCUCGUAUCUACUUCACUCAAGGAAAUACGGCGACUUCUUGCUCUGCACGAGCUACGGCAUGGUUGGGACAACGCCAUCCCAAUGGUCAUUUACCCCCUCACUGUCGCAAGUUUUGGUGGUUUAGAAGAGUUGUUCUAUGACCACUCACGCCAAACUCAAGCCGAACAGGACGAGUUAUACCAAGGUCUACUGACGUGCGUUCGCAUCUUCGACGCGUUGGCGAGCUAUAUGUUUUACGCGCAACUACUUUUCCGACUUUUGACUCAAAAGUGUCAGAAGCUUGGUAUACAGCUGCCCGUUGAGCUGCAAAGUAUCCUGAAUUCAUACUUGAGUGAAGAGUGGACGAAAAAUGCAGCUUCGCUUGUCAGCAGUUCGUACGUUGUGGAUACCCGAAAACCGUCGCUAGAUGUGGAGAAUGCUAGGAUGGACGAUAUUAUCUCACAAUGGGAAGGAUUAGCUCUAGACGAGAUAGACGCAGGGAAAACACUGACCGCCAUUAAGUGAGCAAUAUCAAGUGCUGUGCGUUUUACGUGUUGCAGGUGCUGCGGGUGGUGUCAAUCCCUGUCUGUCCUGUCAUUCGUAUCUUGUCUUCCCGAGAAUUGCAACAUGGCCUGCGAUGGACC